AUGAUCAUUCACUGGGCAGAACAAUGCCGCACCCACUUCAAACGUCCCAUCGGCCGCCUCCACUCUGAUGGGGGAGGCGAAUUCCUCAAUCGCACUCUCUUUCACUACUGCACCACUCAUGGCAUCCAACAGACCCACACUCUUCCCCACUCCCCUCAGCAGAACGGCAUCGCAGAAAGCCGCAUCCGCGAAAUCACUAAGAUCGCCCGCUGUCUCCUCGCUCACGCCUCCACACCCCCUUCUCUCUGGGGCUAUGCCCUCCUUCAUGCUUCCCUCCUCCUCAACCUUCACUCCCAUCCCCAACACACUGCCACUACCCCCACGGAGCUCUGGUCAGGGUCCAAACCUGACGCCGCUGGACUCCGUGUCUGGGGUUGCAAGGCAUAUGUGCUCAUCCCUCCAGCUGAACGGACCCAAGGCAAGCUCGCUCCUCGUGCCCUCGAGUGUGUCUACCUUGGCCACAACCGCGACUCGCCCGGUUACCUUUUCCUCCACCCUCCCUCUGGUCGCCUCAUCCGCAGCAUCGACGUUGUGUUCGAUGAGACCACCCCAUACUACUCCUCCCCACCACCAGACCCCCUCCCUCCUCCUACACGUCCUCUCGCUUGGACCGACACUGUCCUCCCUCCCCUCCUCCCUCCAGCACCUCUUCUUCCACCCCUCCCCACCCCGCUUCCGCCACCUUCAUCUGCCGAUAUCUACGAUCCCACUGCUCCAACAUCCCCUGCACACUCCGCAGCUCCCCCUCCCUCCUCUCCUUCCCACUCUCCUUAUCAUCCAUCCCAGCAGCAGCAGCAGCAGCCGCAGGGGCAGCAGCAGCAGCAGCAGCAGCAGCAGCAGCAGCCGCAGGGGCAGCAGCAGCAGCCGCAACAGCAGCAGCAGCAGCAGCCGCAGGGGCAGCAGCAGCAGCCGCAGGGGCGGCAGCAGCAGCAGCAGCAGCAGCAGCAGCAGGGGCAGCAACAACAGCAGCGGCACCAGCAGCAGCCAGGGCAGUAG